UUUCUGGCUCUGGAUGAGGAGCGGGCGGAGGCUGGAGGGCGGGCGCGGGGCGGCGGGCGCGGCGCCGGGGCGGGGGCUCAGCCGCGGUCGGUCCCGGGCUCCAGCGGUGCUGUCGCCGCCACCGCCCUCGCGGCGCGCCCAGUGAGCGCGGCACCACCACCAGCAGCAGGCGGCGGCGGAGGAGGAGCCGCGGGGCGGGGCGGCGGGCACGGCACGGCGCGGGAGGGGCGCGGCGGCCGAGGCGGCGGCGGCGGCGGCGGCGGGGCCGGCGCUGUGAGGAGCGGGAGGCGGAGGCUGCGGCGCGGGCCCGCGACCCUGCAGGCGGCGGCGGCGGCGAAGGGAGGAGCGGCGGCGGCGAGGCGGCAGCGCAGUGGCGGGCUCCCCCUGCAGCCCGGCCGGGAAUCAAAAUUUUCAAAGCUAUUAAAACACCUAGAGAUGUUGAUAGGAAGCUAUAUUCUUUCAUCUCCCUCCAAAGGCUGGAUAAGCUUUGGUGCCAAUGUACUCUUAAAUCCAGUUAGGUCUCUCAGAAUGCAGAGACGAGAUAAGUCCAGGGAAUGGAACUGUCAGUGUAAUAUGUGGUUGAGCAGAUACCCAGACAUGCCUCAAGAAAUGUCUGCUUCAUCUUCUUCAGUAGCAUCAAUAUAUCAGUUAAAGGACUGAGGUGAAGGAACUGUUUCCAGUGGAGCCUAACGUAUUGAACCACAUCAUCUGGCUGAACUGAGCAUGGUGACAUCCUGUCUGCUCUGUUGUUACCUGCAGUGGACCAUGGGGUUCCUGUUCCACACCCACCCCAAUGGUAUCAGAAUGUCUUCCAGACUUCUUACCGAUAAAAAAUAUUAGAAAACAAGACUAGCAUCUGUCAAAUGGGGCUCCCUCUCCAUUUCUCUCUACACAUCUUUCCUUUGGGGGGAGAAGAAGAGGAGAAUAGCAUGAAAAGUGCAAAAUGUUUCAAAUUCCUGUUCAAAAUCUUGAUAAUAUCAGGAAGGCUCGAAAAAAGGUGAAGGACAUUCUUGUGGAUCUUGGGCUUGACAGCUGCAGGGAACUGUUGAAGAAUCUUAAAAGUUUUGACCCAGGUGAAAAACACUUUUGUAACACUUCAUGGAGUGAUGUCUCUCCUUGGGAGCCCGUGGGCAAAAGGAAGAGAUACAGAACAAAGCCGUACUGCUGUAGCUUAUGCAAGUUCUCAUCAAAAUUGCUUACUUCAUUCAAGAAUCACUUGCACCGUUACCAUGAGGAUGAAAUGGACCAAGAGCUGGUGGUUCCUUGCCCAAAAUGUGCAUUUGCUUCUGGUCCCAAAGUAACGGGAAAACAUAUCCGGAUGUUUCAUUCGUCUAAUAAAAGAAUACAGAACUACACAGUCAGCAUUUUGGAUGGCAUGAAACAAUUCAGGAGUGACAUCAUAAACUUCACAUGUCUAAAAUGUCAGUUUACAGACACAUUGUAUUACAACAUGAAGAAACAUGUUCUGAUGAACCAUUUUCAAAACUUAGUAAGUACAUAUUUUGGUGAGAAACCUGAUGAACAAAAAGAGAAUUCUAUUGAGCAUUACUGUAAAAAGUGUAAUGCUUCUGCAAACAGCCAAGAUUCUUUAAUGUAUCAUGUCUUGACAGCUGAAACACACCGAGACCUGGAGAACAAACUUCGGUCUGUGAUUUCAGAACAUAUUAAGAAACCAGGACUUGUGAAACAAAUGCAUAUUGCUCCAAAGCCUUCCCAAGACAUGGCAGCGACUGCUCCAUCUGCAGGGCCUGCCCCUGCCCCAGCAGGUUCUGUCGCAGCUCCGGCUUGCGUCCAGCUUGCAUUUCCACAGAAUAAUCAAAACCAGAGUGUGGUGCAGCCAAAACCAGUUCAAAGCCCAGUCAGACCACCGACGGUUCCAAGUGCCUCUAGUAGCCUUGAACAUACAACUUCUGCUCCGGUUGUUACCCCAUCACAUGUUACUCUUGUGUCUAGUAAUGUUCCUGUAGGUCAGAAUAAUGUUAAUAUUCAGCCAUCACCUUCCCAGCCUAUCAUCGUUUCCCAUAGGCUCCCUGUUAAUCAGCCUGUGAGGGCUGGAGCUAUUCCUAUUAGUCAUUCUGUUGGGACUGUAAACAGAACUGUGGCCCCUGCAGUGCUUCCUCUUAAUCAACCUGUCAGGCCUGGGCUCUUUCCUAUUAAUCAGCCCCUUGGUACUAUAAAUGGUCCAGUUGCAGCUGGACCACUACCUGUUACUCAGCCUGUCAGCCCUGUGAAUCGACCGGUUGCACCAGGAGUCCUCCCUGUUAAUCGACCGGUUGCACCAGGAGUUCUCACAGUCAAUCAAUCACUUGGGAAUGUGAAUAGACCCCUUGGUCCCAGGGUCCUUCCCAUGGCACAGCCAGUUGCAUCAGGGGUUCUGCAGCUUAACCAGCCCGUUGCCUCUGGGGUUGUUCCUGUCAGACAGCCUGUCAGACCUGGGUUUCUUCAGCUUAAUCAACCUGUUGCCCCAGCAGUUUUCCUAGUAAAUCAGCCAGUUCAACCUGCAGUUUCUCAAAAUGCAACUUUUUUCACUGCAGGUUCUAUACUUAGGCAGUUGAUUCCAACUGGUAAGCAGGUUAAUGGGAUACCUAUGUACACUCUUGCCCCAGUUUCAGUUACUUUGCCUGUAACUCCUGGUGGUGGAGUAGCAACUGUUACGCCACCACAAAUGCCCAACCAGUUAAUGCAGUCUGGCACAAUAACUCAGUUGUCCCAGUCACCGGCUAGUGCACCCUCUCCUCCAGUGCUUUUAACAUCUCCGGGUAUAUCGUUACAGGCCUCCCCACCUGGUCUUGAAACAAGUCAGGCUAUCAGACAGGCUAAGCAGUGGAAGACUUGCCCUGUUUGCAAUGAGCUUUUCCCAUCCAAUGUUUACCAGGUGCACAUGGAGGUGGCCCACAAACAUGGUGAAAUAAAAAUGGAGGAAACCCUGGAACCUGACAAACUAGCAGCUUGUGCACCCUUUCUAAGGUGGAUGACAGAAAAGACAGUCAGGUGUUUCUCUUGCAAAUGUUUUCUCUGUGAGGAAGAGCUCAUGAAACAUCUCUUGAUGCAUGGCUUAGCUUGCUUGUUUUGCACAGUUACUUUCCAUGACUUAAAAAGCCUUGUGGAGCACAAUAAAGCUACGCACAAUGGGAAGAAGCAGUUACACGCAGACUAUAGCAACAGAGGAUUUCAACUAGGUAAUGAUGCUCAGGGUGACCUUGUAUUUCCACACUUUGAUUUCAGUACCAUGUUACCAGAAGAAGACAUUGGUGAAAGAGAAGUCCAUUUGGCAGUGCUUGCUGGCCUGAACUCGAGGACGCUUGUCCCUGUUUACAUCAAAGUGAAACCUCAGACAGCAGAAAUGAACAAUAGGUGCAACAAAAAAGUUUUAACCUGCCCAUUUUGCUUUGGUACGUUUGUUAGUAAAGAAACCUAUGAAAUGCAUUUGAAAGAGCGACAUCAUAUAAUGCCAACUGUACAUACAAUUUUGAAGUCUCCUGCUUUCAAGUGCAUCCACUGUUGUGGUGUGUACACUGGAAAUAUGACUCUAACAGCUAUCGCUGUACAUUUGCUCCGUUGUAGAAGUGCUCCCAAAGACAGCAACUCAAGCAUGAAUAUGCAGCUUGAGUGUACUGAGAAGAGCGAGCUACUGUUUGUGAAUGGUGAUAAGCAUGAUUCUGGGAUACUGAAAAGAAAGCAAUCGGAUACAUGCUUUGUUGCAGAAGACCAAAGGAAUAAGGAACAGCAGCCUCCGGGCUUAAGUACUGGCAUAGCUCUAUCUCCAGAAAAUGAAGUGAAUUCAGGGGUAGUGCCUUUCAAGCGACAAAAGAUUAAUACUAGGACUGAGAUGAAGAAGCUUCCUUCUAGUGAGGAUCUUCGCAUUCUAGCAGUAGAUCCUAAACACUAUGAUCACAGUUCGUACGAGGCUCAAAAACAGUUUUUGAUAGACUAUUUUCAUGAGAGGCCAUAUCCUUCUAAAAAAGAGAUGGAAUUACUUUCCUCACUGCUAUAUGCGUGGAAAAUUGAUGUUGCAUCGUUCUUUGGAAAAAGGAGAAAUAUAUGCUUAAAGGCGAUAAAUAAUCACAAAUCAUCUGUGCUGCUGGGUUUCAGUAUGUCUGAACUAAAAAAUAUUAAGCACAGUUUGAAUAUAAAAGAUGAACCGUUAGAUAUGUAAACAAGCUUUUUAUAACAGCUAAAAGCAAUCCAUAAUGGCAUACUUACCGAUUUAGCAGUUUAUUGUGUUACUUGUUUUAACUUGCAGACUGGCCUGUUGAAGGGUGCAGUAGUACAAAAAGUCUUGUUCAGCUGUGACUGUUUUUGUGAAAGGCACACGUAGCUGUGUAUUUGAAAAAGCUAAAACCUUCAGACUUACACAUCUGGAAUUUGUUUUAGCUUUUUUCUUUUUCUGGAGUAGUGGGUUUUUUUUUGUUUGGGUUUCUUUUUUUGUUGUUUGUUGCCCUUUCUCCCCCUCCAGGCUCCCAUUACACUUUUUAUACCACCAUGUAAAACCUUUGUCCUGUUACAAACAAAUUUUAUUUUAUUUUUUCUGCAAUGUUGUCAUCCUUUUCUAAACAAUAAAAUGUAUAAUGUUCGUUAAAAUACUGAGGUAAACUACAUGAAAAACAUCUAUUUGAUUAUUGUGUUUUUAAGUCCCAAUUUUUUCAACCUUUUUUUGUUUUAUCGACUGAAGGAGUGAUUAUAGCCUUUACGUCCAUUGCCCCUUCAAAUUCCCAGUGCACUGGUAGCAAUAAAAUACAGGGCAAUCUGUUUUUUUAUUUUUUUUUCCAUCAGUCGGAAUACCUGUGCCAGUUAAGUCUGGUGACUUGCAGUAUCUAACUAGUGUUAACGUGGUGGGGAUUGAGGGGCUUGCGGGUGCCUAUUGAGGUGUUAUAAUUAACUCACUUGAAAUGGUUGUGUUAUUAUCUGUUAAAUAGAUCUUGCUAACCGGAAGUGUUUUACUCUUUUUGUUGGUAUUGAAGCCUGGUUGUUUAAAUACCUUUUGUUCAAAGCCUGGUAGCAGCAUUUGGUUUUGUUUCUUUUUCAAAAAGCAAAACUGCUUUGGAGAGUAUUGGAUUGCUUUGAUACGUGGAGUAUGUGGCUUCUGUGCACAUCACUUACCUGUAGAAGCCCUAUCCAAAUAUCACCAAAGUUUGGCGAAAAAUCCGAUUUUUAUUUUAAAUUGCUGUUGCAUGGGGCAGUAACUGAGCCGUGCCUCCUCCCCAGCAAAUGCGAUACAUGGCCUGAAGUCCUUUGAGUCAGAAAUUGUACAAACUGAAACUGGCUGAAUUGGUAGCCUCAAGUCUUUAAACUCUGUCGAGUGCCUGAACCGAUGAUACUCAUGUAGUGAUUGUUUUUUAUUGUCCUACAGAGGGCAUAAGAAUAGUAUAAAACCCCAACAGACUAUAUUGUUCAGUAUGAACUCGCAUCCCUAUUACAGGUUACAUGAAAGCUGUUGGGAAGGUUCAUUUGAGUUGAAGAACAAACUCUAGUACUGGUGGCCACAUUGUGGCCUUGUUUAGUACUGUCCUUCCUUUCUAGAUAUGCUUGGUUUCAUCUGGCUUGUCAAACGGUGCCUCCAAUAUUCAUUAAUAGCCAGUUAUAUAAUAAAUAACGUAUAAUAUGCAUUUUUUUUCUUCCUCCUCUUCAUCCCCCUCUCCCCACCCAUCUUUCCCAGAUGAAAAACAAAGACAGGCUUCUCUGUCGGUUCACUUGUGCUAGGGUUACAAGGAAAAGGUGAUAUGUCCAAGCUUAUUUCUAUUUAAGUAGUAAGCAUACUUUUGCUCUGUGCAGUAGUUUUUAAAGCAGGUACAGAAUUGUUCUUUGUGCCGUUUUUAGCAGAAUUUGGUGAAUUUGUCCACCUGAGAUUCUAUAAGCUGUUUGAAAUUCUAUUUUGGAUACAAUCUUGAUAUUUUCAUAUUGAGAAUUUCAAAGCAUUUUAAUGUAUAUAUAACAUACCGUUAACUUAAACUUGAGAUAAUCUGUUAUUUGGUAAAACCUAGUCAUUUAAUAGCAGCGUUGAACAACCACAAGCACCGUAUAUGGGAUCGUCUGCACACCCUACCCCAAAGAGUGACAGUGAGUAAGCAGCAGUGUGUUCUUAUAGCCUAAUAAUAACUCAUUAAAAAUAAAAUAAUUAUAUCUGGGCAUAGCACAGUUCAUGAAGCAGUUUGAAGGGCUCUCGCUGAGGAAGAGGGAUGCCCUGUAGAAGUUCUGAAAUCUAGACACUCAAUUUCACUCUUAAAGCCUUGAUACUGUGAGCCCUGCCAUCUUCGGGUAGUUCUGCUGGUACCAUUGAAACUCCCGCAGGGAGGAGGAAUUUGGGAGCGUGCAUCUGGGGAAGGCUUGCCAUGAACGGUUCAAGGUUGUUCUUGAAAGAACAGCGUGGCUUGGAGUGGGGAGCAGAGAAGUCAUUUCAGGGUUCGUCCAUGCUUGGGGCACCAGUCUUACCAGAGUUUUCCUCUGUAGUGUCCAGUGAUGAUGUUAAGCAUUUUAUUUAUUGGUCUUUGAUUUCGUAGAUUCAAAUAAACCAGCUUUCUAACUUUC